CUUUCUCAUGCAAAGUGGGUGUCGUAUGCAAGGCGGAUCCUGCACAGGGAUUUUUUUUUUUAAAUCCUGGGACACGACCACCCCCUAAAAAACAGCUGCAACAGCCCCAGGACUGGCUGCUACUGCGGGGAGAGAGGAGAGACAAGAACCAGUCCUGCCUUGCAAAGCGCUAAAGAACCAAACCGUUGCAAAAACAGAAGGGGGGAGGGUGUCGGACCCUCUCCGAUGGCUUAGCUAUUUUCUCCUCUUUUAUCUUUGCAGCUGGAUAAGCCACCCCCACCGGGAAGGAAGGUGUGGGAAACUGCGACCCGUGCUAGGGAGCAGGAAGAUCCCCUAGAGAGAGCGACCAAAAGCCGCCUGGGACAUGUGGAAGUGGAAGCAGUGAGCACUUGGAUUUCACAGCAAGCCGCGAGCCCUGCUUCUGCCUGUGCAUGGAGAAAGGGGCCGCGGGGAGGGGGGGAAGGAAGCGCUCAGAAGUGGCAGCCUUGGGGAAAAGAAAGUUUCUGGGAUCCUCGCAGUAAGUUUCGGCGUCUAUGGAUGGGGGUGGCACCAGCGCGGCUGGUUGUUUGCAAAGUGCCCCGCCACCCCCGCGUCUCACCUCCCCGGAGUCCCCUCUCCCCGGCGCCACCGGGGCUGGAAAAUGACUCGCCCGGACUUUUGCUGAGCGCUGCUCAGAAGCAGGCGACACGCGCGCCGCGCCGCAGCUGGCUCAUGGCUGGGGGCUCUGCUGACCUCGCUAACGCCGCCGGGGUCUAGCCCACGCUGUGAACGGCCCUUGCGAAAGUUGGGGGACGAUGCUCUCCGGCGAGGGAGCCGUGGGGCGGUGGAACUGAACCCCGUCCCCGCGCAACCCCAACCUGGUUCGGCUGCGGAAAGGACCCAGGCUCCAGCGUUGGGUUGUGGCUACAAACAUGGGGCCCGCGAGGAGGAACUUCAUGCAAACUCUCUGGCUGGUCUUGCGUCUGGUUUGCUUCUGCACUGGGAUAAGCUCCAUAGACAUUGACCGCCCGGGCGAUGGGAGAUGCCAGCCCAUCGAAAUCCCCAUGUGCAAGGAUAUAGGAUACAACAUGACUAGGAUGCCUAACCUGAUGGGGCAUGAGAACCAAAGAGAAGCUGCCAUUCAGCUGCAUGAGUUUGCCCCUUUGGUGGAGUAUGGCUGUCACAGCCACUUGAAAUUCUUCCUCUGCUCUCUCUAUGCCCCGAUGUGCACAGAGCAGGUCUCCACGCCAAUCCCAGCCUGUAGGGUUAUGUGUGAGCAGGCCAGGCUGAAAUGCUCUCCCAUCAUGGAACAAUUCAAUUUCAAGUGGCCAGACUCCUUAGACUGCAGCAAAUUGCCCAACAAGAAUGACCCCAAUUACCUAUGCAUGGAAGCCCCUAACAACGGAUCAGAUGAGCCACCCAGAGGCUCCAGCAUGUUGCCACCCAUGUUCAGGCCACAGCGGCCGAGCAAUGGUCAUGAUUUGCAGCAGCAAAAGGACAGCCUUAGUAGAGCCACCUGUGAAAAUCCUGGCAAGUUCCACCAUGUGGAAAAGAGCGCUUCCUGUGCCCCAGUCUGCACACCCGGGGUUGAUGUUUACUGGAGCAGGGAUGACAAACAGUUUGCCGUCAUCUGGAUUGCCGUCUGGUCCAUCCUGUGCUUCUUUUCCAGUGCUUUCACGGUACUCACUUUUCUGAUAGAUCCCCAGCGCUUCAAGUACCCCGAGAGGCCCAUCAUCUUCCUCUCUAUGUGCUAUUGUGUCUAUUCUGUGGGGUACAUUAUUCGCCUCUUUUCAGGUGCUGAGAGCAUAGCCUGUGACAGAGACAGUGGUCAACUUUAUGUUAUCCAGGAGGGGCUGGAAAGCACAGGAUGCACCAUUGUGUUCCUGGUCCUAUAUUAUUUUGGGAUGGCAAGCUCAUUGUGGUGGGUCAUUUUGACUUUAACUUGGUUUCUGGCUGCUGGGAAGAAAUGGGGGCACGAAGCAAUUGAAGCAAACAGCAGCUACUUUCAUUUGGCAGCAUGGGCCAUUCCAGCUUUGAAGACCAUCAUGAUCUUAGUUAUGAGAAGGGUAGCUGGAGAUGAACUGACAGGACUGUGCUAUGUUGGAAGCAUGGAUGUGAAUGCCUUGACUGGGUUUGUACUCAUUCCUUUAGCUUGUUAUCUCAUCAUAGGCACUUCUUUUAUUCUGUCUGGUUUUGUGGCCCUCUUCCAUAUCAGGAGGGUGAUGAAAACAGGUGGAGAAAACACAGACAAGUUGGAGAAACUUAUGGUCAGGAUUGGUGUCUUCUCAGUCUUAUAUACAGUGCCUGCUACAUGUGUAAUAGCUUGCUACUUUUAUGAAAGACUUAACAUGGAUUAUUGGAAAAUUGUGGCAAUGCAAUAUAAAUGCAAGAUGAACAAUCAGACUAAACAUUUGGACUGCAUGAUGAAUAACUCCAUUCCUGCAGUAGAAAUUUUCAUGGUGAAAAUUUUUAUGUUGUUGGUUGUGGGCAUUACUAGUGGUAUGUGGAUCUGGACUUCCAAGACUCUUCAGUCCUGGCAAAAUGUUUGCAGUCAGAGAUUAAAGAAGAGAAGUAGGAGAAAACCUGCAAGUGUUAUUACAAACAGUGGAAUCUACAAAAAAACUCAACAUCCACAGAAAACUCACCAUGCAAAAUAUGAAUCAGCAUUACAGCCACCCACUUGUGUAUGAACACAAUGUACAGAAAAUUGUAUCUCAGUUUGUAGAGACUUAUAAAUGCUCACAGUAGCAGUCAGAAGUAAAAAUUUUAAAAGGUGCUUUUUGUCAGAGAACGGUAUAGCAAAUCAAAGCAAAAAUGUAUGACACUGAAAUUCAGGACCUGUUGAUAAACUGAAGGUUAAUGUACUUAGGAAAAGGUUUUCAGUGAAAGGAAUAUUGUCAGUUAAAGCAGCCUCUUCUGUUACUAAUUUGUAGUAAGAUGUUUCAUCCAGCCCUCUGAUAAAAAAAACCAAACCUGUGUGUAAUCUUUAUAUGUAGCAGAGCUGGAGUUCCUACAGAUUUCUAAGUAACAAGAUAUAAUCAAGUUUUA